UGUCUGUUUGACCCGGAUAUGUGUUAAGGACGAACUCAGGAGCUGCAAGUGUUUCCCCUCUUCCUAUUACGUCGUAUGAUUUACCUUAAGAUGGCAUGAUAUCCGUCGCUAAAGUAAAAGACGCCUUAGAACGUAGCCUACCGUCUGGGGUUAGCUGACAAGGUCCAUCUCUGUGUGAGUCAUGCUCCUGGUGGAUCCCGGUGUGUUCAUUGGAACCGCGGCCGACCUUAAUGACAGUCAGGGGUUGGCAGAAGCUGCCAUCACUCACAUAGUGUCUGUGGACUCUGUGGACCCGGGGACUCUACUGCCUAUGGACUCUGGCUAUUGCGGGAAAUGGAUCAACGUCCUGGAUGAGGUGACAGCCGACCUCUUGAGCUACUUGGACGACUGCUAUCGGUUUAUUCAGGAGGCUGUGGAUGGAGGCGGCGCGGCGCUUGUCCACUGUCAGGCUGGACGUAGUCGCAGCGCCACUAUUGUGACUGCUUUCCUCAUGAAGCGAUACAAGCUGGGCUUCGCUGAGGCUUAUCAUAGACUGAAGAGUGUCAAGCAGGAUGUACAGGUCAACAGUGGUUUUGAGGAGCAGUUGUGUCUGUAUGAGGCCUUGCAGUGUGAAGUGGACACCAGCAGCCCUCUGUAUAAACAAUACAGACUGACCAAGAUCACUGAGAAAUAUCCUGAGUUGCAGCAGGUUCCCAGGGAAGUGUUUGCAGCUGACCCCGCUCAGUCCAAAUCAUCUGAAGCCUCCUAUCGUUGCAGGAAGUGCAGAAGAACUCUGUUCCGCAGUUCCAGUCUUCUCAGUCACCCAGUGGGAGAAGGAGCGACAGCUUUCGGCCACAAAAAGUCCACUAACCUGACUGGAGUCCAGUGUACAUCAUACUUCAUUGAACCAGUGCAGUGGAUGGAACAAGCUUUACUUGGCGUAAUGGAUGGACAGCUGCUGUGUCCUAAAUGCCAAUCCAAGCUGGGUUCGUUCAGUUGGUGUGGAGAUCAGUGUUCGUGCGGCCGCUGGAUCACGCCUUCCUUUCAGCUACACCGAAACAGAGUGGAUGAGAUACGGGUCAUUAACAUACAGAGAUAACGCACGACACUCCUCGCAGUUGGAAAUAAACAACAGAUAAUGUAAUCCGCACAUCACUUCAAAUAAAAAUGUCUCAUCAAUA